CGAUCCUUCAAAAUGACGAAACCCUGGCAGCAACGAGCAGAAGCCAAACGCUGCGCCAUUAUUGAAUCAAUUCCUCAAAAAUGGCGACUUCUUGUGGACUCAAUCCCCACCGCAGACGAGCAGCCUGAUAUCACCGGCCCGUAUCUGCAUCAAUUCUUAGAGCAAAGAGAAAUUGAAAUCACGGAAUGUGACGCAACAGUGAUAAUCCAGAAGACGACGUCUGGAGAGUGGUCUGCGGUGGAAGUUACUGAGGCGUUUUGUCACCGGGCUGCGCUGGCGCAUCAAUAUCUCAAUUGUCUUCACGAGUUCUUCCCAGAAGCAGCCCUAGAAGACGCAAACCGUCUCGACGCCCAUUUCAAAGUCCACCAGAAACCAACCGGCCCCCUCCAUGGUCUCCCCAUCAGCCUAAAAGACCAAUUCAACAUCAAAAACACCUCAACAACAAUGGGUUACAUCAGCCACAUUGACCAGCCCCCCACCACCGAAAGCGAACUCGUCCUCCUCCUCCGCUCCCUCGGCGCAGUCCUCUACUGCAAAACCAGCGUCCCCACGGGCCUAAUGUCCGGCGAAACAGCCAACAACAUUAUUGGGUAUACCUGGAAUCCUCGAAACCGGCAUUUAUCGUCCGGUGGUAGUUCUGGCGGCGAGGGCGCGUUGCUUGCGCUGAAGGGCUCGCCGUUGGGUUUUGGGACGGAUAUCGGGGGUAGUAUUCGAGUUCCUGCUGCGUUUAAUGGGAUCUAUGGGUUGCGGACUUCUGUGGGGAGGAUCCCGUAUGAGGGAGCGGAGAAUUCGAUGGAUGGGCAGAAUACAGUGCCUUCUGUUGUUGGGCCUAUGGCGGGGAGUGUUGGGGCGGUUAGGCUUGCGAUGAAAAGUGUGUUGGGGAUGGAGCCGUGGGUGUAUGAUCCGGGUAGUUUGCCGAUUCCGUGGAGGGGAGAGGUUGAGGAGAGGAUUAAGGGGUUGCUUUGUGGGGAGGCGAAGGGGAAGAUGGCGUUUGGGAUGUUUGAGGAUGAUGGGAUUAUGAAACCGCAUCCGCCGAUUUUGAGGGCUGUUAGGUUGGUUAGGGAGGUUCUGGUUACGCUUGGCCACGAGGUUAUUGACUGGAAACCCCCGUCCCACGCUGAAGGAUGUUCCCUCGUGUACGACGCCUACACCCUCGACGCCGGCCAUGACAUAAACACCCAACUAGCCGCCUCCGGCGAAACCCCAGUCCCCCAACUGGCGUGGAUCCUCAACCUCCCUAGCAAGACCCCAAAAAACGCCUCUGAGAUCUUCGCCCUCAACGUCUCCAAACGUCGCUGGCAAAAAGUUUACAUGGAUUACUGGAAUAGUACCGCUAGUCGAACAACAACGGGAAGACCGGUUGAUGCGCUCAUUUGCCCGACGACUAUUAUGGCAGCUGCGCUGCCAGGGAAGCAUGUGCAUCCGGGAUCGACGACUUUUGUGAAUAUGUUGGAUUACUCAACUGUUACUUUGCCAGUUACGCAUGUGGAUGAGAGUGUUGAUGGGGUAGAGGCUGAGGGGUAUGAUGUCCGAGAUUAUGAAGGUGCGCCUGUUGGGUUGCAGUUGAUUGGACGGCAGUAUGAGGAGGAGAAGAUUCUUGUUCUUGCUGAGUAUAUAAGCGCUGCUUUACGAGGCGAGGAUGCUAAUAGCGGACAUUGGUGAACCGAAGAAGGGACAUGGUCCAUAAGGCUCAGAGAAUAGAGGAAACAUUCAAAACGUGCUGGGGAAACCUUCAAACCGUGACCAAUGUGCUUCGGGACAACACAGUGUAGGGCUGGGAUUCCUUGAGAAACGAAGUUGGUGAAGGAAGGCUCACUUGGGUUUGGGAUUGUGAAGAGGACAAGUCUCUGAUCAUUGUCGUUUUUUCCCAAGGCACAAUCUCGCGUGUCCUAUACCUCCGC